AUGCAACGCGGUCUUCCUAUGCAACCAACUGUAGUUCUCCUUCGGGAGGGCACAGAUACAUCUCAAGGAAACCCUCAGCUGCUUUCCAACAUAUCUGCAUGUCUUGCCAUCUCAGAGACACUAUCGAGCACUCUCGGUCCCAGAGGAAUGGAUAAACUGAUCGUCAACGAACGUGGAGAAGCUCAGAUAACAAAUGACGGCGCAACCAUCUUGAAGUUGCUCGAUAUCGUUCAUCCAGCUGCAAGAACGUUGGUUGACAUCGCUCGGGCACAGGAUUCUGAGGUUGGUGAUGGUACGACAAGUGUCGUGCUAUUGGCAGCACAGCUAUUGAAAGAAGUCCGUGGUUACAUCGAGGAGGGCGUGAGCCCUCACAUGAUCAUGAAAGGGUUUCGAAAGGCAUCCCAACUGGCUAUAGAUCGUAUCAAAGAGAUACAGGUUACCAUCGACAAAUCAGACCCCGAGCGUUUCCGCUCUCUCCUUCUUAAAUGUGCAUCAACGUCUAUGUCAUCGAAGCUCAUUCAUUCCGAGAAACCAUUUUUUGCUAACAUGGUUGUUGAUGCUGUUCAAUGUCUUGAUCAAGAUGACCUCGACGAAUCUCUCAUUGGUGUUAAAAAGAUUCCCGGUGGCGGCAUGCAGGACUCUUUGUUAGUUGGUGGCGUUGCAUUCAAAAAGACCUUCACAUACGCUGGCGCAGAGCAACAGCCAAAGUCCUUCAAAAACCCUCUGAUUCUCAGUCUGAACGUCGAACUCGAGCUCAAGGCUGAGAAGGAUAAUGCCGAAGUACGCGUAGAUGCUGUAUCAGAUUAUCAAGCAAUUGUGGACGCUGAGUGGGAAAUCAUCUACCGAAAAUUGGACGCCAUCGAAAAAACUGGAGCGAAAGUCGUGUUGAGCAAACUUCCGAUCGGUGACUUGGCAACUCAGUGGUUCGCAGACCGUGAUAUCUUCUGUGCUGGUCGUGUCCCAGGCGGUGAUCUGCGAAGGGUUGUUCAGGCAGUUGGAGGGUCGAUACAGUCGACAUGUUCGGAUAUCGCCCGUGAACAUCUUGGGACAUGUGGCUCAUUCGAGGAGCGACAGAUUGGUGGCGAGAGAUAUAACAUCCUCGUAGAUUGUCCCAAGGCUAAAACAUGUACUCUUCUCCUUCGUGGUGGAGCGGAGCAGUUUAUUGAAGAAGUAGAGAGAAGUCUUCACGAUGCUAUCAUGGUUGUAAAACGUGCUGUGAGAAAUGGCGACAUCGUUGCAGGAGGAGGUGCCGUUGAGAUGGAUCUUUCUGCGCACAUUCGCAAAGAUGCGCUUUUGAUUCCAGGGAAACUUCAACUGGUCAUGUCUGCGUUUGCAAAAGCGCUAGAAACCAUUCCGCGUCAAAUCUGUGAUAAUGCUGGUUUGGAUUCUACUGAUAUUCUGAAUAAACUCAGAAUGAAGCAUGCAACCGGCGAAAAGUGGUAUGGUGUCGAUGUCGAUGGCGCCGACGGUGUGCGCGACAACAUGGACGCAUUCGUUUGGGAACCCUCCCUUGUAAAAGUAAACGCCAUUAGCAGCGCCACUGAAGCUGCUUGCUUGAUCUUGAGUGUAGACGAGACUGUCAGGAACCCUCAGAGUGAAGCGCAAAAUGCUGGGCCUCGCGCACCACCUGGUGCUGCGCAACGUGCGCUCAGGGGAAGGGGUAGGGGCAUGCCUAGACGGUGA